CCCCGCACCUGGGCCCGCCCCGUAAAGGAGGGGGGGAGUCGGAAGCGGCCGUGCUGUGCCGUGCGGUACUGUGCCGUACCGUGCGGUGCGGCGGGAACAUGCCCCGGGGUAGCGGCGGUGGCUGGGCGCCCUGAGCGGCGCCAUGCGGGGCCGGCUGCUGGCGCGGCUGCGGCGGCGGCGGCUGCUGCGGCGGCUGCUGCUGGCCAUGGGCGCCCUGGCCCUGGGGCUUUGGGCCGCCUACCUGGAGCUGGUGGCGGUGGACGGCGGCGGGGCUCCUCCGGACCGCAGGUACGAAAGCUGGAGAGAGCUGGCAAAGGCUCUGGCAGACAUUAAUGUCCCAGGUGGGGACCCAAGCCACCUGCAGAAGGUGGGACACCAGAACCAAGAGCUGCGAAGAGGUGGGAGGAAUAAAUUGAAUUAUGCAGCUGUGGACAACCCUGUUCCGUGGAGGCCAGAGUUCCAGGGCCAGGCCAAUCUGCAUGUGUUUGAGGACUGGUGCGGCAGCUCCACUGAUCAGCUCCGGAAAAACCUCCACUUCCCCCUCUUCCCCCACACGCGAACUACACUGAAGAAGCUGGCUGUGUCCCCAAAAUGGACCAACUAUGGUCUCCGGAUAUUUGGCUACCUCCAUCCUUUCACUGAUGGGGAGUUUCAGUUUGCCAUUUCUGCGGAUGACAAUGCUGAGUUCUGGCUGAGUCCAGAUGAAAAGACCUCUGGUCUCCAGCUGCUGGCCAGUGUAGGCAAGACAGGGAAGGAGUGGACCGCGCCAGGGGAGUUUGGGAAAUUUUACAGCCAGCAGUCAAAGAUGGUGAGGUUGUCAGCUACAGGCAGGUACUAUUUUGAGGUGCUGCACAAGCAGGAUGACAGAGGAACAGACCAUGUGGAAGUAGCGUGGAGACUGAAUGACCCAGAAGCGAAGUUCAAAGUCAUUGACUCCCAAUACCUCUCCCUUUUUGCUAAUGAGACGCUGUUAAAGAUGGAUGAGGUUGGGCACAUCCCACAGACGUUGGCCAGCCAUCCGAGCCGGCCUGCUGACAAUGCAGGCAGCAGGGCACACCCCGCUGACAUGCUCAAGCCUGAUCCCCGGGACACUCUUUACAAAGUGCCUCUGCUCAGCAAGUCUCGUGUGCGCCGAGCCUUACCAGAUUGCCAGUACAAGCCCAGCUACCUGGUGAAUGGAUUCCCUCUGCAGCGCUACCAGGGACUCCAGUUUGUUCAUUUAUCCUUUGUUUACCCAAAUGAUUACAGCCGCCUGAGCCACAUGGAGAAAGACAACAAAUGUUUCUAUCAGGAGAACCCUCAUUACUUGGAAAGAUUUGGAUUCUACAAGUACAUGAAAAUGGAUCGGCCAGAGAAGAGCUUGGACUCUGGAGAAAAGACAGAGCAACCAGGCUCCCAGGAGGGGAAUCCGGAUGACCUGCAGUAUGUGGAGCAGGAUCUGGAGAGUACUAGCCCCCCUGAGCACCCCAGCAUGGGGAGGGCAGAGCUGGCAGGCAACACUCCCAGCAGCAUGGUUGGCAGUGAUAAUGUCCCUGAGGACUAUUCCCUCCGGGAGCAUCGUCGUCUCCUCUCGGUGAUGGGUGAUGAUGUAGGAAUGGGGCCACAGAGGAAGAGGUCCAAGAGGUCUGGUGUUAAAUCAGCCACAGUGGCCCCUGCCAACCAAAGCCAGGCUGGCCUAGAGCAGAACCCAAUAAUGAAGAGACUCCGUUUAAAAGCUGGUGUCAAAGACAACUCCAGGAGUCCUCCGCAGCACACCAGGGCUGUCCAAGGAAGAGCACCAGUCAAAACGGCAAACCCUCCUUUCAGGACCAUGUCUCAAAAGCAGCAGCAGCCUCUUGGUCACCUCAGGGACUCAGGGGUGACAAUUCCCAAAGAGGUGAGACCUCGAGGAGACCUCAGCACUGCUAAGGAUGGGCUGAAGUCAGCAGUCACCAUGCCAGCCAGGAGAGGAGGCCCAAUCUCUGGCAGAGCUGGCAGACAUGCUGUGAGUGCUGGGCUGCCUCAGUGGCUGAACCAAGUGGAGUCCAACAUUGCUGAGCAAAACAUGGCCAAUGAUGGGGUCAUGGGCAAGGAAGAGGCACAGGUGGCAUCUCCUGUGAAGGGCAAGUCUGGACCUGUGGCAGCAGAAGAGGAAGAGGAAGAGGUAGAUGGGGAGCCAGAGGAGGAAGAUGAGGAAGAUUUUGAUUACGUACCAGUGUUUGACCAGGCAGUGAACUGGGAGCAGACCUUCAGCAUGAGCAACCUGGACUUCCAUAUGCUGCGCACAGACUGGAUUGACCUGAAAUGCAACACGUCAGGGAACUUGCUGCUAAGAGAAAGUGAGGCCCUGGAAGUCACACGGGUCUUCCUGAAGAAACUCAAUCAGAGAAGUAAAGGGCGGUUCCAGCUGCAGCGUAUCAUGAAUGUGGAGAAACGCCAGGACCGCAUGCGAGGCAGCCGCUACCUGCUGGAACUGGAGCUGCUGGAGCAGGGAGAGCGGCUCGUCCGCUUCUCCGAGUAUGUCUUUGCACAGGGCUGGCAGGGCGCUGGCAGGGAUGAGGAGGAGGAGAGGAAGAUGAGGAACCUGGCGUGGGGUCGCCAGCGGCACCUGAUGUCUGUGGUGAAUGAGCCAGAGCUGUGCUGGCCCCAGGGCUUUUCCUGGAACCACCGUGCUGUGGUUCACUUCGUGGUGCCAGUGAAAAACCAGGCACGCUGGGUGCUGCAGUUCAUCUCUGACAUGGAAGAGCUGUUCCGAGUCACUAAGGAUCCGUACUUCAACAUCAUCAUCACGGACUACAGCAGCGACGACAUGGAUGUAGAGAAGGCUCUGAAAAGGUCUACCUUGCACAGCUAUCAGUACUUGAAGCUGACGGGAAAUUUUGAGCGUUCUGCUGGGCUACAGGCAGGGAUAGACCUUGUGACGGACCCACAUAGCAUCAUUUUCCUUUGCGACCUCCACAUCCACUUCCCAGCUGGAGUCAUUGAUUCAAUACGGAAGCACUGUGUGGAAGGCAAGAUGGCCUUCGCGCCCAUGGUCAUGAGGCUGCACUGCGGCAUGUCCCCACAGUGGCCUGACGGCUACUGGGAGGUGAAUGGGUUUGGUCUCCUGGGCAUAUACAAGUCUGACCUGGACAAGAUUGGAGGCAUGAACACAAAAGAGUUUCGGGACCGCUGGGGAGGAGAGGACUGGGAACUCCUGGACAGGAUCUUGCAGGCCGGGCUGGAAGUGGAGCGUCUCUCUCUGAGAAACUUUUUCCACUGGUUUCACUCAAAGCGAGGCAUGUGGAACCGGCGCCAGCUGAAGACACUGUAGCCUUCAACCCCAAAGCUGCCCGGAAGCGCCAUCCACCAUCUCGUCUCGACAUGCACUUCAUCGAGGCAACACAGCCGAGCGCACAAACUCUUCCUCUGCCUCCAGAGCCCUCUGAUGGGAUGGCACAGCUGAGGAAGGGAUGGUCAGGCUGGGGAAGCGGGAGCUUCUCCUGUGAGCCAUUGCAUCCAAGAUGUAGGAUCUGUGUCUUAAGAAGGCGUGCGGGGGAGAUGUCACUGAGGGAAAGACUUGUAUGUCCUGCUGUGCAGUCUGGCGGAUGGUGCAGUGGGAGAGGUGCCAUAUUUCCUGUUGAGUCUUGGCGUGAUGCAAAACAAACACCAAUCCCAGCUAAGCCUAUAAUGGUUUAUUUAUAGUGACACAGUUUCUCUUUCAAUACUUGAAGGAAAAAGAAAAGAGGAAAAAAAAACAACAACCCUCCUCAUCUCUCCUCCUUCCCCAUGUCUUCAGCAUCCAUGCCUUUGGACAGAGAACCAAAGUAAGUUCUCUGAACUGUUUUGUGUCCACAUGCCCAUGUGCUGACCCAAGGCAAUCUGGAGGUGGAGGAGCUGAUAAGCACUUUAGGCUGCUGGUGCUUAGGCGUUUCUCUGUGCUUUUCACUUUAGUCAUUAUGAAAACUUGUGCUCAUAUUCAGCAAAUUAUGGGCCAUGGAUGGAGAUGCAAGUACACCUCCCAUAUGAAAGCCACGUUUGCCUGCAGCUGGGUGAGGUGGCAGGGGUUGAUGUUCAAACUCCACCUAAAUUAUUGAUCCACUGCCUGAGGGUAGUGGAGGGGUUACACAGAGAAACUAGCAGGGCAUCUCAGGAGGAACUUCGCAGCCUUAUCUGACAGACGUGUGUUUGUCCUAACAAUAUCAGGGAAACCCUAGCAGGGAAGAAGUGGCAAUAUUUUAUUAGUUGAAAUAUUGUGAUUUUGUCUGAAAAAGAGGAGACAGAGUAUUCUGCUCUCUAAAUCCUGUACAGUUAUGCAGCAUUGUUUAAUAAGUUAUGGCCUCAUGGUUAUGUCUUGUCAUAGUUUGACUUUUAUGUAGAGACCACGUUUCUUGGCUGAAGAACCAGCACAGUUGUUGGUACUUCAUCUCUGAAACAUCCCUGGGAGCUCUGGACCGGUACAGAGGAGGUGGCCUCUGGUCAUGGCACUUGCAAUGGGUGCAAAGAACAGUGAGGACAGAAGAGGGUUAAAUGAAUAAAAGGAUGGGCAGACCCAUGCUGGUGUUGAUGGAGGAACUGUGGGAAGAGUCCCUGUCUGCAGCCAGCCUGACACUACAGGGAAUUCUUAGCCCUUAAAACUCCCAUUAAUGCAAGGCAAGAUAUUUUUAUCCCUGUAACCAUUUUACAGGACUAUAGAAACCCAGAAAUCCCAGCACACUUGGUGCUCUGCGCUGGAGAUUUGUUGUCCCCGUACCCUGCUGAAAGGACUGCUACUGCUCUCAAGCUUCAGAGGAGAGCUUGACGUAGGAUGCUACUCACAGCACCCAGCUCUGUGGGGAGCUGUUGAGAAGUGAGUAAUGCAGGUAUGCAGGAGACAAUGCAAUGCUGACAUGGUACUAGAGUUGUUUGCUUUUUACGCUGGUGGAGUGGAUGCAAAUUCAGAAUAGGCAUUCAUUUAUUAUUAAUUCCCUGGUGCUUGACAAGUCCAUCAAGUUCCACUGUUGCAGUAGAAAACAGAACAUGCAAGUUCCGGCACGUGAGAUAGAAAUCUUGUCAAAUCAUCUGCUUGCCACCAUCUGUGUCUUGCGGGUGAUGGAGUCAGAAAAAGUCAACCAGAUUUGAGAAAGUUUUGCUGUGCAGUGUGCAGUUCUGGUGAGAAGCAGAUGAGAAACGGCUGUGUCUCUGAGUUCACAGAACCUUUGCCAGAACAGAUACACUGAAUAUCUCAGAAGAUAUUCAGAUAGCCUUCUGCUCAAGCCAGAGCAGUCUUUUUAUUGAGGGAAAGUAUUUUCCCCAUGUAGAGACUUAAGAAAUGAAACACUGUGAUUGGAACAAGAGGGAAGAGGCUGACAACAGUCAACACUUAUUAUUAUUAUUUUUUUAAAUGUUUUAUGGGAGUUUAGGAAGCCAGAGCCAUGUGAUGCAAUCUUGCAAUAAGCUCUGUUUCUGCCUGGAAUGUGCAGUGUCAGUCACGCUCUCGGUGCGUGUCGCAGCCUGUGCUUCACUCAAACGCAGGCAUAGCCCCACGAGUGUGCAGGUGAGCUGCUCCCGAGGCUCCAGGACUGUGCCUCUGCAGCCUGUCCAGGCCGGCUCUGUCACGCAAUCCCUGUGGAAUGGGGAGAGGCUGGCGGGGAGGGUGAGCGCUGGGACGCGACGAGGCAUUAGGAGGACCCAGCCGUUUGGCCCCAUUGGGCGGAGAAUGGCACAAUGCCCAUUUUGUAGAUGGAAAGCUGGUGGAUUUGGUGGCAACCCUUAUGCCAUGCACAGGGAGGAAAGGUUAUUUGUACUGUGUGCUUUCAUGUCUGGCUUACAUGUGGUCUGCAGCACCUGAAGUUAGCAGUGAACAUUCAUCUGCAAACACUGUCAAGAAUUAGGGGCAUCCAGAAGAUAACUCACUUGGCUUGAAUGAUUCUAAAUAAUCCAGCAAAGAGUGGCCUGGGAAGUACAGUGCAGCCCUCUCUCCAGCACUGCCAGCAGAAUUUUAGGAUUUCGCCCCUGUGCAUUAGCUAUGACUGUGCUCCUUCCUUCACACCUUGUAACCCAAGCCAAUGGCAAGCAGAACUGUUUACCUCGCGAGGACUCCUUGGUUGAGAUGUAAGGAGUUAGUGGGUAUCAGUCCAGUUUACUGAUGGCCAGUAUCCCCACUGUCAAAGUUACCAUCACAAAUGUUCUCCGCUUUCUAGCACAGUGUGUAUUUUUAUUUGGUAUUUAAGCAUUGUGUUAGUAAACAUGAUUAGUACUAAUUGGCACUAGUUGGCAGCCUCUGUGGAGGAGCUUGAAGAGAGUCCAUGGGGACAAAAGCUGUCUUCCAGCCUGCAUGCUCAGAGACCGCUGCAGGUUGUAAGGAGAGAAGGGGCUACAUGCUUCCUGGAUCACUGGCCAGCAGCAAAUCUUGCAGGAGUGGUACCAGGCUUUGCUCUGAGGCUGCUGCCCUUCUUCCAAAACAACGUGCAGUUUUUCUCCCCAGAGUCAUGACAACCAGUGACAGAACCCAAAGGAAUGGCAGGAAGAUGUGCCAGGGGAGGUUUAAGUUGGAUAUCAGGAAAAGGUUCUUCCCCCAGAGGGUGGUGGAGCACUGGAACAGGCUCCCCAGGGAGGUGUCACGGCCCCAGCCCUGACAGUGUUCAAGAAGAGACUGGACAAGCCCUGAGAGACAUGGUGUGAACUGUCGGGUUGUCCUGUGAAGGGACAGGAGUUGGACUCGAUGAUCCUUGUGGGUCCCUUCCAACUCAGGACAUUCUCUGAUUCUGUGAUGACUCUAUGAAGAGGGAAGAGCAGGCAGCACAUCAGGAUUAGGUAGUACGGCAGCCAUGCAGUGAAAGGAUGUGGCCAUCCAGGGUAGUGCCCAGGUCACCGUGGUCCCUGAUCAGCAUAGUGUUACACAAUGUGCACUACAGCUGUAAGGAUGGUUCAUCUCUGGAUCUGGCACAGCUGCUGGAGACCAAGAGAGAACCUGGCUUCACCACAGCUUGGAAUCUGACACCCCUGACAGUCAAUCUCAUUUCUAUCACGGGAAAUUUUUUAGGAAGCUGUGUCUGGGUUUGCGGUGAAGUUCACCCCAUGUUUCUGGCCUUCACUUGCAUCCUGGCUGUGUCCUGCCUCAACAGCAGAAGGAAAUUGGUUGCGCCGGAUCUCCUGUGCAUCAGGCAGGUGGGCAGGAGGGAACUGCUCUGGCAGCUCUCUGGCUGGGAACAGCUGAGGAGAUGAUGGGCCAUGCUGCAGAAGAGACCUUCUGUGGGGCAGGAUGUGGCCAGGCUGGAGAACCUGGGCCUCCAAGCGUGGGGUGCAUGGCAAGGGGGUUCUGCCCACAAAUGCCAGCUCCGUCUUGAGGACUGUGAAUUGUAGGGCUGAGGCGUGUUUUGCCAGCCAGUGAAGGGAACAAAGAAGGGCUGGCUUUUAUUCUGAGAGAAAUGUAUUGUGUGAAAGUUACGAUGUGACUUGUUUUGUCAUUGUCUUUAAUGUUCGCCUGGUAUGAACAUCUCACCUCUUUUCAUUGCCUACAAAUGUCUGAAGUUGAUUGUUUUUUAGAUAUUGAUGCCUUGUGUUAAAAAUCUGAAUUGUACCUUUGAAUUAUCUGCCUUAAUGUGGCUCUGUGCCUUCAAGACGACUCCUGGGCCACCUCUCUGUUAGAGCUGGGGGAUAUACUGAUUCUCCCCCACGUUUUAUAAAUACAUCAUCUUGCUACAAGA